UGGUUGGUUUUGCGUUUUGCUGGCUUCCAGUCUGCAUCAUCGUACAGGGUACCCACUUUGCCUCGACAGGUUUACCCUAUAUACCGAUUCUUGAUCUAUUUUAGCAGUACUACCACCCGCUUUAUAUAUGGUGUAACUAACAGGCAUUUCAGGAGAGGAAGUAAAGUUAUUCUGAGGAAAGUAUUUAGUCAGAAAUCAUCCUAAAAGCAAAAAAGAUCUAUGUUUGCCGCACCCAUCUGUUAAAUCGGCCCACAAAAAUCAAGUAAUUAAAGAUCUUCAGUUAAUUGAUUUACUUUAUUAUUUAAGACAAUUGCUGUUCAAGCGAUGUGUUUAAUUAAAGUUUAUUAA